UUAACUGACAGCUUUGUCUAGAUGACUUGCAAUUUUAGGAUUGUCUGAAGCAAACAUGCUUAUGUGGUCACAAUAUAGCGAUUAGAUAUUGACAUUGCAAGAUUAAAUAUUGUGCUACAGCGAAUCAAGAUCAGCUUGUGAUUGGACAAUUCCUGGGGUUAAUGAAGGAAAAGUAUAAAUAAGGAAGGAGCUACAGGUUAUAGGCGAAGAUAAUGUGUUACAAACAAGUAAGGGAUAAGGAAACAUUGAGACUUUUGACAGUUGAGAUGAGUGUUCAAAAGCAGACAGAAGGCUUGAAGACUAGUAGCACAUCUUAUGUUGAGAAAGCUAACCCCAUAUCUUCAGCGUAACAGGAAUGAUGGUAAAUGAUGUUAUGUUUGCUUAUGGAGCGGAGGCACAGAGUAAAAUCAGGUAUAGACAUCGAGGCGGUCGUGCCAAGGACAUCAGGGAGAAAUGCGAGACUGGAGGAUACGGGGAGCCGAGCCUUGUAGUAACUGGUACGUUAGGAUGAGGGUCUUAAAAGGGAUCUUGCUUGUGGUGGCAAGACAGUAGAGACCAGAGCAGAGGAGUGAUGUGUGUGUAUCAAGGAAUGACGUACAGCAGACGAACAGCAUUAUGGCUGAGCUGGUGAUAGUGGCAGGGCUGACAUGGGCUUGACUGCAAAGAGAUCCGACAAGGGGCCUGUAUGCUGGAGGAAGCGGGUCAAGUCUGUAUACAUGCGACUGCGGCAGCUCAAGAGGUUCCGGAGAGCGGAUGAGGUCAAGAGCAUGUUUAGUUUGAAUCGACAGAAGAUUAUAGACCGCACCGAUAUCCUGAACCAGGAGUGGAAGAACCGGCGGAUACAGUCAGUAAACAUCAUGACGUCCGUGAGCUCCUUGCGUGGGACCAGAGAGUGCACUGUGAACAGUGGUUUCUCUGAGUUCUCCAAACAAGUCAUUCCUCUCAAGACCCUGAAUGCUGUGGCAUCUGUGCCAGUGAUGUACUCUUGGUCUCCCCUGCAGCAGAAUUUCAUGGUUGAGGAUGAAACUGUUUUGCACAACAUUCCCUAUAUGGGAGAUGAAAUACUGGAUCAAGAUGGCACUUUCAUCGAAGAACUCAUCAAGAAUUAUGAUGGCAAAGUCCAUGGCGACCGAGAAUGUGGUUUCAUCAAUGAUGAGAUCUUUGUGGAGCUGGUGAAUGCCCUCAACCAGCAUGGUGACAAUGAGGAUGAGGAUGAUGACGAAGACCAACACGAGUACAAGCUGGAGAAGAUGGACUUGCGUGAUGGCAAGGAGGAACAUGACGAUUCCAGGAAAGAGCAGCUUAUUGCUGCAGAUGGCAGAGGCACGGAGUGUCCCAAAAGGUUUCCCUCCGAUAAGAUUUUCGAAGCUAUCUCAUCCAUGUUUCCAGAUAAGGGAUCGCCAGAGGAGCUCAAGGAGAAGUACAAGGAGCUCACGGAGCAGCAGCUCCCUGGAACGCUGCCCCCUGAGUGCACACCCAACAUCGAUGGGCCCAACGCCCGCUCUGUGCAGCGCGAGCAGAGCUUGCACUCCUUUCACACACUCUUCUGCCGCCGCUGCUUCAAAUACGACUGCUUCCUUCACCCUUUUCAUGCAACUCCAAACACAUACAAGAGGAAGAACAUUGAGAACCUGGUGGACAGCAAACCCUGUGGCAUUGACUGCUACAUGUACCUGAUGCAGGAUGGCAUAGUGAGGGAGUUCCCUGCUGGCCUGGUGUCAGAGCGAGCCAAGACGCCUUUGAAGCGUGUGGUGGGCCGCCGCAGGGGCCGGGCCCCCAACACCAGCAGCCGACCCACCACUCCCACUGUCAGCUAUGAGACCAAGGAUACGGACAGCGACCGAGAGGCUAAUGGAGAUGCCCACGACAGGGAUGACGAGGACAGAAAGGAGGAGACCACCAGUUCUUCGGAGGGCAACUCGCGCUCCCAGACGCCCGUGAAGCUGAAGCUGAGCUCGGAGGCACCGGAGAAUGUGGACUGGAGUGGGGCCGAAGCCUCCCUCUUCCGCGUGCUCAUUGGAACUUAUUAUGACAACUUCUGUGCUAUCGCCAGGCUCAUCGGCUCCAAGACGUGCAGACAGGUGUAUGAAUUCAGAGUAAAAGAGUCCAGUAUCAUCGCUCGGGCCCCUGCAGAGGACGUGGACACUCCGCCGAGGAAGAAGAAGAGGAAGCACAGGCUAUGGGCCACACAUUGCAGGAAAAUUCAGCUGAAGAAAGAUGGCUCUUCAAACCACGUGUACAACUACCAGCCAUGUGAUCACCCCCGGCAGCCUUGUGAUGCUUCCUGCCCCUGUGUCACUGCCCAGAACUUCUGCGAGAAGUUCUGCCAGUGCAGUUCUGAGUGUCAGAACCGCUUCCCAGGUUGCCGCUGCAAGGCACAGUGCAACACGAAGCAGUGCCCCUGCUACCUGGCUGUGCGCGAGUGCGACCCCGACCUGUGCCUCACUUGUGGUGCCGCCGAGCACUGGGACAGCAAGAACGUCUCCUGCAAGAACUGCAGCAUCCAGCGAGGGGCCAAGAAGCACUUGCUGCUGGCUCCAUCUGACGUUGCCGGAUGGGGCAUCUUCAUCAAGGAGCCCGUACAGAAGAAUGAGUUCAUCUCCGAGUACUGCGGGGAGAUUAUCUCUCAGGACGAGGCGGAUCGUCGAGGGAAGGUGUAUGACAAAUACAUGUGCAGUUUCUUGUUCAACUUGAACAAUGACUUUGUUGUAGAUGCAACGCGGAAAGGUAACAAGAUCAGGUUUGCUAACCAUUCCGUGAACCCCAACUGCUAUGCAAAAGUCAUGAUGGUUAACGGGGACCACAGAAUAGGAAUAUUUGCCAAAAGAGCCAUUCAGACUGGUGAGGAACUCUUCUUCGACUACAGGUACAGUCAGGCAGAUGCCCUCAAGUACGUGGGUAUUGAGAGGGAAAUGGAGAUUCCGUAACACCAUCUACCUCUUCUUUAACAAAAGCCUUAUUCUUCAGGAACUUUCAAAGACAGAUGCAUACCUUACAUGUUUGAUACAGGUUUUAUAGCAUGUCAGUAAAUGAUGUUCAGUUCACUUUUUUUUUUUUUCCACACUUUUCCAAAACUAAAAGAUUUGGAGGAACUGUUAUGCUACUGUAACAAAGUGCAGUAAUGCACAAUGCCAUUCCUGUGGUUAUAACUUAAGUUGACAUGACCAUUCUAAAAAGGGCAAGGUAAAUAUACCAGCCAAAACAAAUGAUUUAGUACAUUGACUGUGACAGUUCACUUAGUUAUGUGCAGAUGCUGCUGUGAAUCAACAAUGUUAAGUUUUAAGGCAGUGAUUUUUAUCCAUGUGAAAACCAAAGUCUUUUCAGUGUUGAUUUGUUUGGGUCAGAUAUUAUAAAAGUGAUGAAAUGUGCCUUGACAACGUAAAAGUCUGGAUGGAGAGUCUCGUGUCUAAAACUGAAGUGCUUUGUAAUGAAAAAUGAAGGGUGUUUGACCCCCCCCUCCUUUUAAAUUUUCAGUCUCAUAAAGGAAUGAGUUAUGAUUGCAUAAGUGUAUGUGAAAGAGCUCUCCCCAUUUCUGAAAGAGAAACCAACAAAUGACCAUUUAAAAAUCCAAAGAAAUAUUGACCUGAAAUGUUCUUAGUUCAUUAAUGUCCCUAUUUAUUUUAAAUGGGUUAUGUAAACUAGCUUUGCAUUCUUUUAAUUUAUUGAACUUUUUGAGAUGGUGUUAAGCUUUCCUGCUCAACUAAUCCAAUUUUGCAUUUCACCCGUUGUGGAAGUUAACCCUGGCUUUAUUUAUUUAAAAUACAAACUUGUUUGUACUACUAGUAUCUAAACUAACUAAAAUGGGUGUCUUUCUUCACAAUGUAAGCAGAGGGGUUAAAUUUCUAAAUUCUUUCCCUUGCUGCCUCUCAUUCUAAGGUGCUGAAGUUCAAUGUUUACAAGAAACAGGUUGGGAAAAUAAAAUCUCAAUGUCAGUUACAGUAAAGUGACAGUUUUGAAUAAAUCCUUUUACUUUAGGGAAACAUGUUCAUUCCCCACAACAAACUUGCACUAUUAGACCACAUACAGUUAUCAAUUUAACAACCCCCAAAGCAUUUCUCUAUCAAUCAACUGGUCCAUUUCUACAGCUAGGUCUUACUGUAUUUGUUCAGGCAAAAAGUACUGUGAUCACAGGCAGUGUAGCAUCUAAAGAAAGACUGACAAGUGACAUCACCACCUUCUGCCCAGUAAUGAAGUGGAGUUAAAUGGCUCUUU